GCAAUAAUAAGGUGGAGAUUGGGUGGAUUUCAUUUUCAAUAUUUUGUGCGUCCAUUGCACUGUACUUCAAUGAAAGUUAAUUAUUUAAGAUUUUUAUACAAAAAGUUGACGUUUUAAAUUCUAAAUAUUAAAUUAUAUUCAAAUUUGUAAAAGCUGUUUCUAUUUUAGAUUUGUUUUGCAACACCUAAGAUAUUGGUUAGUGUUUUUGCGAAUAUAUGAGUUAUCUUGUUUUGGUUAUUUCAAAACAGAAAGACUAGAGGAAAAGAGUUUCGUCGUUAAAAUGCACUGAAAAGCAAACUAUUUAUCAAAUAUCAAACGAUGUGAAUAAGUGAUAUUAUCAUGGAUUAUGAACGACUGCUGCUCGCUUACAAAGUCGCACGAUACUUUAAAGGCAAACAAACAGAAGGCAAAAGGUUUUGCAAUGUGUUAUAUGAAGAUAGUGUGUCAGUUGAUGAAAGAUAUGAUCGAAUGCCUGGUGAUCCCGUCCUGGAUUGUGUGUCUAAUUGGCUUUUCUGUGUGGAAACUGGAAACAUACAGCAUGCUUUACGAAGAGUGAACGAUUGCUUCAAAGAAUGCACUCAUAAUUUUGCUAUAAAAUAUGAAGAUUUGGAGAAAAGUCCUUUGAAAAAUGUUGAUACAGCACCUUCUGCAAUUAUGUUUGAUGAUGAUGCCAGUCGGAAGAAGAUAUACCGAAAGAUUGAGGACAAUGCGGUCAUGGAUACACGUUAUAUUGCACACUUUCUAAUUCCCUACGAAAAAGUCGUUGAACAGUACAUGGACAAUCCAAAUAACACAAAAAAGGUACUACACGAAGUCCUGAAGCGUUGGUAUUGGCACACGCCUGAUGCAUCUCGCACUUGGAACAACUUGAAAGCAAUCCUCAUCUUUCUGUCUCACCGAAAGUUGGUUAUGGAAAUUGAAGGUAAAGAUGAUUUCCAAGAUUGUGGUUGUACUGUUGAUACUCCAAGUUAUAUGCUGUACAAAAACUUCCAAAAUAAUCUGGUGUUACAACUUGAUUCAAACUGGACAAUACAAAGCGUAAAAGUCGAUUCAAAAAAUAAUGGCACCACCCAGACGAAACUUCUUGAGGAAAAAGAGGAUUAUAAUGUAGAAAUUAAAGAACCAAAGUUAGUCUUGACACUACAUAAUUCCCAGUCAUUAUACAUACAAAAGUUGGUUGUCAAUAUGGGUGAUGAAAACGAUAAAACAGAGCAAAUUCUGAUUAAAGGAAUAGAGUUGGCAUGCAUACACAAGACAUCGAUCAACACUUGCCAACAUUUGAGCGUUUUCACGCAUAACGCCGAGAUAGUUUCCGAAAAGAUACAUUCCAUAACAGAGAGAAAGAUGGAGAGAAUGAACGUUCAAUUUUUGUGUGGUGGCACGAUUGAAAGAAUGUCUCCUGAUGAAUACGAUAAAUUUGCGACAAACUAUGUCAACCGAUACUUUACUGGUGAUAAUACAUUCAUCCAGGGAUCAAUACAGUUUCCACCUCCAAUAUUGGGCACAUCAUUAUCUCGGAUGACGCAGAUCAUUAAAAACGCUAUGGACAGAUCCAAAUAUCGUUUAUUUACCAUAAUUACUCAUUACAAUACCAGAGAACAUCUCAAGUUUUGGAAGUUGGAUGACGUGACGCAUUUGCAUCCUGAAAGCACGUCUGAUUGCAGCAACAGAAUCCUGUUGUUGUAUGAGAACACAAUCAUCAAUAUUAGAUACACGGAAACCAAAAAUGCAUUCGUUAUACAAAAAGAAUUUGAAAUGGGGGAAGAAGAUUUAAGUGACCUGUCCAGAAUCCACACCACAUAUAUCCAAAACGGUACCAUGACAUUAGUUAAUGUGGUCGCCGCGCCUGAAUUUGAGAAUAUAAGAAAAUCAAAUAUUUGUAACGAUUGCCUGAUACUAAGUAAGAAUACCUUGUCUGAUGAGAAACAUAUUCGAGAUUAUUUCUCCAAUAUACUGCAUGAAUUGAAAAAAGGAAAUAGUGGUGAUGGUAGCAAGCAGCGUUACAUGAGCAUGAUCAGCCAAAUCAUCUGUUUCAUAGCAACGACUGAUGCCAAGUGCAAAGUGCCAUCUCUAAGCGAAGAUGUUCAUGAUCAAGUAACCUCGUUGAUGUACACACCACAGCAACUUCGAAUUCUGUACGACAAGUCCACGAAAAAAAUAAUCACGGGCCCUUUAGGAAGUGGUAAAACAGUGCUGGCAUUAUCUCAUUUAGAAUUAAUUUACAAAAGUGUAGACAGGCAAUCUAUUAUCUUUUAUGUUAUCUGGGACGGUAAGACGGUAUUGAUACAAGAUGUUAUCUCUCAUAUAAAACGACUCCCGCAGAGAAGUCACGUAACAGUCGAUAUCAAAAAUAUUGUUGAGUUAGCUAAAGAUUUAAAAAUGAGUAAAGUACCGACGAUUUCACAGUUGCUAAAGUCACUAGUUAAAAAACACUUGGGUCUUUCAGUUCAUUUAAUUGUCGAUGAAUUAGAUGGAGAGAUGUUUGAUAUGAAAGAAUCAUCAUCAUUGCAAAACUAUUUCCAACAUAGCAUACAUGUAGAAAGAUCCUUUGUCGUUUUAUUUCCACAGUCUAUCGAAAGACAUCGCAGCCUUAUUGAAUACGAGAAUGUAACAAAACAAGAGAAGUACAAAUACGAAGAAACAGGAAUGGAAUUGUUCGAGUUAACCGUGGCGAUGAGAACAACUAAUGCCCUUUUUCGAUUUUUAAAAGCUUUUGAAGAUCUGGUGGCAACAACAACGGUCGAAAUUAAACUUCCUGUGCAAGAAACUCAACAAUUUGAUGAAGAAGUGAAUUUAACUGAUAGCGAAAAUGUGGACGGGGGAAUGACGAGCGUCCUUCCGCAACAAGACCAAGACCAACAUCAACCUCAGAAACAGGAGCCGGAGCAAGAACAACAAGAAAAAGCAAACAACCCAAGGCCAGAAUCACCACAGCAACAAUCCGAGCCACAAGAACACCAACAAGAAUUCAACAACAAACAGAAAGUCCCUACUUACAGCAUGCUAGAGUUGCAAAAAGAUGCGAUGGGUCCCUUUGAAUCACCAUUUGAUAUCGAUGCUGUUGCUGCAAGCAUGAAAGAUGAAGAGCUUUCAAAACACGUUAGAACUGAAUUGGAAUUAAAAUUCAACUCAGCUUUUUUGAUUGGGCAUAAUAUCCAAGGGAUUAAACCACGGAUAAUACAUCCAACAAACAAAAAAACCACAGAAGACGAAUUCCUUGUAAUGUUAAAGUUGGUUUUACAAGAUAUCUGCUUGGAUCAUGAAACCAAACGCUUGUUCAUUUACAACAAAAGUCACCAAAGAUUCACAUUUCACAAGCUGCUUAAACUGAUGGAAAUAGAUUAUUUUUACUGCGAUGAAUCUACACAAUGGAAGAUUGAAAAAAGCGAUCUUUCAAUGGCAGAUUUUCGUGACUGCGCAAAUUACAACAUACUAACCAACCAUGAGGGUAGUCGUGGCAUUGAAGCAGCUCAAUGCAUUUGCAUAAUGGAUAUGAGCGACAACAAGUUAAUGCAUUUGGCACUAGAGGGGAUGUCUCGAGCGACACAAACGCUCAUCAUUAUUUCAACUUCCAACUUAUCCUCUGCUGAUAAUCAAAACCCAUCAAAUGGAUAUUUCUUAAGAGAAUUAGCAUCCGAAUAUUUGAUUGAAAUUGGCCUAAACAUUGUUUCUAACCGCGACAUUGAGAAUCCAUACACUACAUUGUAUGAAAAUAAAACAAAGAUAGUUUAUAAUGUGAAUAACCGAAGCGUAGAGUAUAAAGAUAUAGCAAAGGAAAUAAAAAAACUAAAUUGCCAUCAACCUGCAGAUUCUAAUAUAAACGCACGUGAAAUUGUUUUUCGCAAUGUUUAUCCACCCAAAAAGAUUACUGACAUAACAUGCAGAUACUUGAGCAGCACGUCAUGCGAACUAACUUGGCAAAAUUAUGGUUAUUCUUACACAUUAAGAGUGCAAGAGCGCAACAGAUGGAAAAAUGUUUUCGUUAAUGGUAAUUCUAACCAAUGCAUUAUCAGUCAUUUGGUGGCUGGCUUGACAUAUAAUUUUUGCGUCAUUGCUAGUAAUAAAGCUGGAAUAUCGGAAGGCAACAAUGUAGCUUACAGCAACAAACCGAUAACAAGCAUUUUAGAUGAAAAAAACGAAACAGUAACAUUUAACGAUAUCAAACAAUUGAUUAAAAAUGAUAACUUCGAUGAAUUUAAACGUGUGAUCUCUUGCAACUCGAAGAUUGUCGACUUAAGAAGUUCUGGUGAUGAGACUCCUUUGACAUUCGCGGUCAAACAUUCAAAAAAUUUGUCGAUCAUACAACUUCUGAUUGCUCACGGGAGUUAUGUUUGGGCGAACAUUAGCGAAAAGAAUAACAGUUAUCAUUAUGCAGCGUGGAAAGGUCUUGACAAGGUAUUAGAGAUGUUGUGUGAAGAAGACGUAAGUUAUAUUAAUCGCGAAGGUUCAAAUUCUUGGACACCAUUAGAAUGGGCGGCACGUUUUGGUAAUAUCGCGUGUGUGGAAGUGUUGUUACGCUGUCAGAACAUCGAAGGGGAAGAAACUGCUUUUCAAUAUGCUGCAACUUCGGUCAAUUUUAACAAUCGCAAGAAGAUAAGAGAGAUAAUUGAAAGUUUCAUGGAGCGAAAAAAGAAGUCCAAGAAAGACUAAUCCAAUCGCAGUUAGUGAGGGAGAUUAGAGAAUCCAAAAGAUUAUUCAAAUUUUUUGUACAAAUUCUUAUUAACCGGUGAAACUAGCCAGGCCCAAUAUUCAGGUGAAUUAUGAAGAUAUAGUAAAGACCUGUUGAUUUCAACACAGAACGAAAGCUGGUGAAUUUGCGGUUGAAGAACAUGGUUAUCGAGAAUCUUACUAAACUUUAUAUUAUGUGGCUUGUAAAACUUAACCUAACUAAAAUUUUUUUUGCAAUUCUUUAACAAUACUUUAUUGUAUAUUUUUAAGUCAAAAAGUUUUCGGAUUGAGUUCGUCGCAAAUCAAUCUUUAGAAAAUGUGUUUUGAAAUGUUCUUUUGCGGAAAUGCUUUAAUGCAUUUUUUUAUAUUGUUUUGAUGUAUUUCAUAGACGUUGAUAAUAAAUAAAUCUUUCUAAAAUUUUGAGGUAUUUCCUCGAUUGAUAAUUGGUGGACAAUUUCGAACACAUGGGUUCAAAAACAGAACCCGUCCCAAUCAAUGAUUUUUGCGCUUAUUACAGUCUUAAGGCCUGUUCAUAUAGAGGCGGGCUUGUUCGGCCUUUUAGCUUUUUUAUGGAUUUCAUUUUUUUGAAGAAUUCCUUGUAAUUUAGAUUUCCUUUAGCCUAACCAGGCCAGCUCGCCUCAUAUGAACGUAAUAAAAUUUCAGUCC